AUGCACACCUCCAACUCAAUCAAGUUUGCAGACGACACAACAGUAGUGGACUUGAUUACCAACAACGACAAGACGGCCUACAGGGAGGAGAUGAGGGCAAUCGAAAGGGUGGUGCGGUCUGCUCAACGCAUCACAGGGUUCAAACUACCCACCCUCCAGGACAGCUACAGCUCCCGAUGUCACAGGAAGGCCAAAAAGAUCAUCAAAGAUGACAACCACCCAAGCCACUGCUUGUUCACCCUGCUACAACCCCAAAAGGUGGACACCGAGACUGCAUCUUGUGUGACUAGGAGACACAGCGAGCAGAGCAGACCGGGAGAUAAAGGAACCGCGGGCGAAGACAUUGUUAUUUGUAACUUCCGGGGCUCAGUAUGUCAGGCCCUGGUUCUGGAGAUAGGAGAGACGGUGCAGAUCCUGGAGAAGAGUGAAGGUUGGUACAGAGGGUUUUCCACCAAGAAGCCUUCAAUCAAGGGUAUAUUCCCAACCAACUAUGUGCACCUGAAGAAAUCCACAGUCACCAACAGAGGGCUGUGUGAGACGGUGGUGCCUCUGGAAGAUCCCAUUAUCACUGAGACCACCUCCACCCUGCAGGAAUGGGGCGUGCUGUGGAAGCAACUCUACGUGAAGCACAAGGUGGACCUGUUCCACAAGCUGCGUCAUGUGAUGAAUGAGCUCAUUGACCUGCGCCGGCAGCUCAUCCAGGGUCACCUGGCCCAGGACCAGACCAGAGAGAUCAAACGCCACAUAACCGUGCGCCUGGACUGGGGCAACGAGCACCUUGGCCUGGACCUUGUUCCUAGAAAGGAGUUUGAAAUGGUGGAUCCGGAUCAUAUCAGUGCAUCUGAACUCUACAAAAUGCAUGCAUCCAGCAGACACUGUGGCCAGCCAAGCACAAACCAGUGUUCGUCGUCCGAUCGUUCUCAGGGCGACAGCGUGCGUCAGCGCCAUGGAGACGGUUGCCGUGUUCCGGUGCAACACCACCUCUUCAUCAACCUGAAGAGUUUCACCUACAACACCAUCAGCGAGGAGGCAGAUGUCUUCUUCUCCCUCUACGACACCCGUGACAACAAACAGAUCAGUGAGAAGUUUAUGGUGAGACUGAACAAAAGUGGAGGACCAAAGAACCCAGAGAAGGUGGACCGUCUGUGUGCUCUCUUCACGGAUCUGAGCAGUAAAGACCUGAAGAGAGACCUGUACAUUGUAGCACAUGUCAUACGAACUGGUCGUAUGUUGUUGAAUGACUCAAAGAAGGGUCCACCCCACGUGCAGUACAGGAGACCGUACGGCUGUGCUGCUCUGGCCAUGAGUGACGUGUUUCACACCAUCACAGACCUCCAAGAGGAGAAGGACUUUGUGCUCAAAGUUUACACAUGUAAUAAUGAGAACGACUGGUUUCAGAUCCACGAGAACAUCAUCCGCAAGUCUAGUACCAAGUACUCAGCUCCUAGCACCAACUAUGGCCUCAUCAUCUCUCUACAGCUGCUGCGGGGGGAGCUGGAUCAGAUCAGGAGGGAGAAUCAUGCUGUGUUCAGCAGGUCCCUGGCCAUCAUGCGCAAACUCGGCUUCUCUGAUGUCAUCAUGCCAGGUGACACUCGUAAUGACCUGUACCUGACCCUGGAGCGUGGGGACUUUGAGAGGGGGGGCAAGAGUGUCCAGAAAAACAUUGAGGUCACUGUCUAUGUGCUUUACGCUGAUGGGGACACACUCAAGGACUGUAUCAGUCUGGGUAGUGGGGAGCCAAACACAAGUGAGCACCGGUCCUUUGUCCUCUACCACAACAACAGCCCUCGCUGGAGUGAGAUGAUCAAACUACCCAUCCCCAUAGACCGCUUCAGAGGAUCACACCUGCGCUUCGAGUUCAGACACUGCUCCACUAAAGACAAAGGGGAGAAGAAGCUGUUUGGUUUUUCCUUCACUCCUUUGAUGAGGGAGGAUGGGACCACGCUAUCAGAUGAGAGCCAUGAACUCUAUGUCUAUAAGUGUGAUGAGAAUGCAACGUUCAGUAACCAGGGCCUGUACCUGAGCAUGCCCUGCUGUAAGGAGGACUUCAACAGCUGCCCCAACCUGCCCUCCACCCUGCCCUUCCAGAGGAACCCCAAGGAGACCUUCUGGGUCUCCACACAGCUUUGCUCCACCAAGCUCACCCAGAAUGUGGACCUCCUGGCCCUACUGAACUGGAAAGCCCACACUGACCGGGUGUUGGACAUCCUGGGCAGACUACGCCACAUCAACGGAGAGGAGAUUGUCAAGUUCCUACGAGAUGUCCUGGAUACACUGUUUUGUCUCCUGGAUGACAACACCGAUAAAUACGGACCACUGGUUUUCCAGUCAUUGGUGUUUAUCAUCAACCUUCUCAGGGACAGUCGUUUCUACCACUUCCGGCCUGUAAUGGAGGCCUACAUACAGAACCACUUUGCAGGAGCUCUGGCCUACAAAGAGCUAAUCCGCUGUCUGAAGUGGUACAUGGACCGCUCUGCUGAGGUUGUCAGACAGGACCACAUCCAAGAGGCCAUGAAGGCUUUGGAGUACCUGUUUAAGUUCAUUGUCCAGUCUCGGAUCCUGUACUCACGGGCGACCUGUGGUAUGGAGGAGGACCAGUUCAGAGCCAGCAUCCAGGAACUCUUCCAGUCCAUCCGCUUUGUGUUGAGUCUGGACAGCCGCAGCUCUGAGACCCUCGUCUUCACACAGGCGGCGUUGUUGAACAGUUUCCCAGACAUUUUUGACGAGCUGCUGCAGAUGUUCACAGUGCAGGAGGUGGCUGAGUACGUCCGGGGCACGCUGGGGAGCAUGCCCAGUACGGUGGACAUCGGCCAGUCUAUGGACGUGGUCAAACUGCAGUCCAUCGCCCGCACCGUCGAGAGCAGGCUCUUCUUCUUCCCUGAGUCUCGUAGUAUCUUGCUGCCGGUGGUCCUGCAUCACAUCCACCUGCACCUACGCCAGCAGAGGGAGCUGCUGAUCUGCUCAGGAAUUCUCACCAGCAUCUUCUCCAUCAUCAAGACCAGCUCUAUGGAGUCUUCUGUGCAGGAGGAGGUAGAGAUGAUGGUGGAGAGCCUGUUGGAUGUUCUGCUCCAGACUCUGUUGUCCAUCAUGUCCAAGUCUCAGUCUCUGGAGACGGCUAGGGGGCAGCGCUGUCCCCAGUGCACCGCUGAGAUCACGGGGGAGUAUGUGUCCACUCUGCUGUCUCUACUCAGACAGAUGUCAGAGAUCCACUUCCACCACCUGCUCAACAACUUCCACAGCAAAGAGGAACUCAAGGAGUUCCUGUUGAAGAUCUUCUGCGUGUUCCGGAACCUGAUGAAGCUCACCAUCUUCCCCCGAGACUGGAGUGUCAUGCGGCUACUGACCAGUCAUGUCAUUGUGGCGACAACACAGUACCUGUCUCCAGCGUUACACAAGAACUUCUCAGAGGCGGAUUUUGACUUCAAGGUGUGGAAUUCCUUCUUCAGCCUGACGGUCCUGUACAUCAACCAGCCCAGUCUGCAGUUGGAGCCCUUGACCCAGGCCAAGAGGAAGAAGGUCCUGGACAAGUAUGGAGAUAUGCGGGUGAUGAUGGCCUAUGAGCUCUUCAGCAUGUGGCAGAAGCUUGGUGAGAAUAAGCCUCACUUUAUCCCUGGAAUGAUGGGUCCGUUCCUGGGAGUGACGCUGGUGCCUCAGUGCGAAGUCCGGAAUAUCAUGAUCCCCAUCUUCCAUGACAUGAUGGACUGGGAGCAGAGGAAGAACGGCAACUUUAAGCUGGUGGAAGCAGAGUUGAUGGACAAGCUGGAGAGUAUGGUGGCUGAUGGGAAAGGGGACGGCAAUCACAGAGAGCUCUUUGGCCUGCUGACCCAGUUGUUUGGGCCUUACCCCAGCCUACUGGAAAAAAUUGAGCAGGAAACAUGGAGAGAGACAGGCAUUUCGUUUGUCACCUCCGUCACGAGACUGAUGGAGCGCUUGCUAGACUACAGGGACUGUAUGAAAGGAGAUGAGAUGGAGAACAAGAAAAUGGGUGGUUCUUCCAACCUCAUGAACUUCUACAAGUCAGAGAUCAACAAGGAGGACAUGUACAUCCGCUACAUCCACAAGCUGUGUGACCUGCACCUGCAUGCAGAGGACUACACGGAGGCAGCAUUUACCUUGCUGCUGUACUGGGAGCUGCUGCACUGGGAGGACCGACCCCUCAGAGAGUUCCUCCACUACCCCACACAGAGCGAGUGGCAGCGCAAAGAGGGCCUCAGCCGCAAAGUGCUCCACUACUUUAACAAGGGAAAGUGUUGGGAAUAUGGAAUAUCACUCUGCCGGGAACUGGCUUUCCAGUAUGAAACCUUAUAUGACUACCAGAGCCUGAGCUGGAUACGGAAAAUGGAGGCUGCGUACUAUGACAACAUCAUAGAACAGCAGAGGAUUGAACCAGAGUUCUUUAGGAUGGGCUUCUAUGGCAGAAAGUUUCCUUUUUUCCUCAGGAAUAAGGAGUUUGUUUGCCGGGGAUAUAACUAUGAACGACUGGAGGACUUUCAGCAAAGGAUGCUGGGAGAAUUCCCACAUGCCAUUGCCAUGCAGCACCCCAACCAACCAGAUGACGCCCUCCUACAAAGUGAUGUUCAGUACCUGCAGAUCUAUGCGGUUACCCCAGUGUCAGACAUCACUGACGUGCCUCAGCUGGAGCGCGUACCCGAGAGGAUCAAGAGCUUCUACCGCAUUAACAAUGUCACUCGCUUUCACUAUGACAGACCCUUCCACAAGGGACCCAAGGACAGGGAGAAUGAGUUCAGGAGCCUGUGGAUCGAGAGAACCACCCUGAUUCUGUCUCGUCCUCUCCCUGGCAUAUCCCGCUGGGCUGAGGUGGAGAGGAGAGAACUGUUGGAGGUGAGCCCUCUGGAGAAUGCCAUCUACGUGGUGGAGAAUAAGACCCAGGAGCUGCGGACCCUGAUUAGCCAGUACCAGAACAGACAGCACCAUGGCAACAUUAACCCCCUCAGCAUGCUGCUCAACGGGGUCAUAGACGCUGCCGUCAAUGGGGGCAUUGCCAGAUACCAGGAGGCGUUCUUUGAAAAGGACUACAUGAACAGCCACACAGAGGACACAGAGAAGAUCACUCAGCUCAAAGACUUGAUGCAGGAACAGGUUCACAUCCUUGGAGUGGGGCUGGCUGUCCAUGAGAAGUUGGUGCACCCAGAAAUGCGUCCCCUGCACAAAAAGCUGAUAGAUCAGUUCCACAUGAUGAGGACUGGUUUACAUCAGUGUUAUGUGGCCCAGCAGGGGUUGCCAGCAGCCUGCACUGGAGUCAACAAUCCCAGAGGCAUCCUGACCACUCACAGCCACAUGAGCCCAGAAAGUGUCCGUCUGAUUCACAGACACAGCCCUAUGAACCUGCAGGGUUCUAUCCGUCAGUCCUCCUCCUCCCUCUCUUCUCACACCUCCAGCGAGGCGGGAGGAAACCUGGUCAUCCUGACAGACGGCCUAUUGGGAGAGCACCCUGAGGACACGGCUCACAUGGAGCCAAGCCCCUCCUCCUCCAGUCUGAGCUCCAUUCGGUCCACCUCCUCCCAGGUUAUUAACUCUGCCCCAUCUAGUGCCAGAGGCUCUCCGUCCCUGCCGGAUAAAGCCAAACACAACCGGGAGGUGAUGCUGCUGCCGCCUCAACAGAGAGUCAACAACACCAUGUACUACACCAUGACUGAGAACGGACAGAGCAACCAUCAGCAACGUGCCUUACUCCAGCAAGUGAACCCCUGUAAGCCGUGUGUUGACCCUCCCAUGAACUUGCCAGAGAAAGUGUUCCCUAGUGGCCCGAGCAGCUGGAGUCUAGAUGGCGAGGGCAGGGAGACAGUGCCCUACAUCCAGGGACCUACAGGGGGCAUCAUCAUGCCCCCUGUCCCACCCAGGUCCUUCCCACCAGGUCACUUCCUGAUGCACUUUGAUGCGUUCCACCACCAGAACAGUGACCCACCCCCGGCACUGCCUGUUCGCUCUCUCAGAAAGUCUCCUCUCCACCCCAUACCUGGCUCCCCCACUAGUCCUCAGUCAGCCCUGGGGGGCAGUAAUUCCACCCUCUCGGGCAGUGCCAGCAGCGGGGUCUCCUCUCUGAGUGAGAGUAACUUUGGGGCCCAGUACCCCGAUGCCCAAACUGUGCGGAAUGACGCCAUGGAGCCCUUACCCAGCCACCUGUGGACCCCUGAUGAGUACCUGGCCUCUCCCUAUCUGCACAUCCACUACAGUGGGCCAGAACCAGAGUCCCUCGACCAUGUCCGACCCUUUCACUACCGUAACCCUGUCUCACACCUCCCCCAAUCCCAAACUCACUUCCACCCCCACUCUCACCACCAACCGGCCAUCCUUGACGGCCACCCUCAUCCCCACGGGCCCACCCACCACCAGGUACCCCUCCACGGCCCACACCACAUUCCUUACCGGCGCCCUCAGCCCCCAGCUGUGCCCCCCAAGCCCUACCUGAGGGAAGGGUGCAUCCCUGAGGAGGACCUGAGCUCCCUGGUGCCCCAGCCCAUCCCCCUUCCUCGGAGGAUCUUCCAUCCCCAUAGCCACAGAGAGGAGCUAGCCAAGGCUGCCUGGGAGCAGUGCAUCAGCGAGGAGCACGAGGAGACACCAUGAGGAGACUACAGGGCUGGGCCUCUUGGUACAUCUUACUAGUCUAAAGUGGCUCCCUUCCUGUUGUCUCCUUGCCAUCAUCUGUAUUGAUGUGAAAGAACAUGGGCUGGUGAAUCAUGCAAAUACAUUGUAGGCAUUAAAAAUAUUGCUGUCAUCCAUCCCAUGUUUUUAUAUCAGAGCAGAUGAAGGGGAGAGGAAGCCACUUUAGACUAUUGAGUUACACCUUCACUCUCCCCAGUGUAUUCAGUCUGAUUCUGAAUGGAUGAAGCAGCAUCAUAGGAAUUAAUAAGGGAAUAGUAUCUGUUGGACAAUAUGACCGAUAAUAAUCACUUUGUUUAAAUAGAUGUUGACUGUACACUGUUGUACAACUAGUCUGUGAGCAUGUUUAUUUUAAUUUGAGAACAUUAUACAGGCGUUUUGUGAAACAUGACGAUCCUCAUCAACAUGAUCAACCCAUACGAACCCCAAAUAGAAUCCCCCUCCCUUUUCCACAACGAAAGGCAACUGCACAAAGUUAUACUCUUAGUAAAGUCAUGAUGACUUUUCUGCUUUUAAUACUCCAUAUAUCUAUCCUAUUAUUUUGAUACACUUGCUACAGUAUGUAUGGGGUUUUCAAAUGGACUUUCCAUCCUCUGAUUUACAAAACGCUGUAUAGUGCUUCACCAUAUGACAUUCUCCAAUCUUCUGUUCUAUUCUGCUACCUGCUUGUCAUUGAAUGCAGGUCUGUUGUUUGGACCUGGGUCACUCUUCUUGACCAAAGCCUCUAGGGACAUAUAAAACCUCAGUUUAGGAUUAUCCCUCCAUACAGUACGUAUGGAAAACAAUGUGAAUGUAUUCAAACAAGAUGUGCUGUUUUGUAUGACACAAGUGGCAGGUCUUCUUUUCUGUUCAUGUGAAGUUGUCUUUAUUACAGUCUUCUUGCCUUUUGUGUAACAGACUGAAAUAUCUCAUGAGAGGAGCGUGAAUGUGACCCAGACUGACAGAGCUGAUAAAUCCCUGGGAGGACUACAAGGGAGGGUUGGGAUUGUCCGGUGCCACAGAGAGCUCUGGAACAACAGCGAGUUCCCAAUGUCAGUUGCACAGGUUGAGUUGGACUCCAUAAGACUGGAUUGUUCCUUGAAAGGAGAUAGUGAUGGAGAAAAUGAACCAUGGUGAAAACAUCCUUAACCCUCAACUAGGAGUAAGAUGAGAAGUAGCGAAGAAUAAUGGCUCAACAGUACCUCAACCACCUACUGGACUAACUAUACUCGUAAAAACAGUUAUCACACCCUCUCUCUGCCUCUCUAUGUUUCAAGACCAUGUCAAUUAACAAGUAAUACAUAUGGACUGUGUGUAAAAGGACUAAAGGCAAUGACAUUGCUCCUGUCAGUUACCUGUUCUACACUCACCGUCACCCCCCUCUGCCCACCGAAUGGCAAAUCCAAACUCCCUCAAACAGUGUUCUAAAACAACUACCUGCCUUAAGUGCACUGAAAUGCAGUAUCAGUCUCUCAUUCUGACACCUCCCUUGACUGUUUCUGUGAAGCUCAUGAAAUGACAGCGCUCAUUUUUUCAUCACGUUCUCUACGCUUUCCGAACAAACCUCAUGAUAUCUACAUCUGUUUUGUCCUGCCUUGGUUUGUAGAGCUACAGUAUACUUAGUUUUUGCUUACAGUUUCUCUUCACUCUGAUCUGCAAUAGAGAGAUGUUUGUGUGUACAGAGGAGGAGUAUGAGAAGCUCAGACAGGACCAUGAGGUUGACCUCCUUGGGCAAUGAAAGUACAACAGACAGUGUUUGCUGAGAUGUAAUGUAUAACCAACCAGUGGGUUGGAAGGUGGAGGUUACUGUUAAAAAAUACAGGUCUUUGUUUCCCCGUGUAGUUUUUUUUGCAGGUGAAUGCUUUGCUUUGUGUUCUUGCACAUUAGGUUGUCCACUGAUCAGACAACAUUUAUUUUUGUAUGCAGGUACAUCCAGUUGUGAGGACAUAGUUCACCGAUGUCUCAUGGAAGGAUGCAGGGUAUGUUUUGCAGACUGUGGAAUUAGUAUGGAAGAACAGAACUAUGGAUCAAAUAUAAGAUGAAAGUCAGACGUAUGGGGAGGCUGAUGUUUGUGUGAAGAGGAGCGAUACUCAGAUCAAAUAUAGGUACAAUAGAAUUUUUCAAUGUAAAUUCUGUUACUGUACAUACAGCGGUAUUGAAAUAUUUUUGAAAAUUAUUGCAGCCCCCCCCCCUAAAAUAAUUUUAUUGUUGUUUUGUGUAAAUACAUGUACUCCAGAAAUCGAUGUAAUUGAUGAAUAUCUAUAAUCAAUGUUUAAAGAAGACAAAUACAUUAGACUGUGGUUGUCUGCAUUGUUCUUGACUUCAAGUCUUCAAAUAUAAAUACUUUAUACACUUUUCAAUGUGCUUUCUUGUACAGAUGGUGUUAGCAUGAUCAAACAGUGUUUGGUUGUAAAGGUGGUUUUCCUACUCCCAUAACUGCUGUGGUAUGGAUUCAUUAACAAUGCCAAACAUUAAAGACAAUCUUUUAUCA